UUUAUUUUCGCGCCCAGUAUUGACUAUAAGUAGUGGGGUUCUGGCAAAGUUCUCUAAUUUCUUCUCAGUCUGUCUACCGAUCUUUUCUUCGUCAUGUCUGGACGCGGCAAGCAGGGAGGAAAAGCUCGCGCCAAGGCCAAGACCCGCUCUUCUCGGGCUGGUCUCCAGUUUCCCGUGGGCAGAGUGCACCGGCUGCUCCGCAAGGGCAACUAUGCUGAGCGUGUCGGGGCCGGCGCCCCGGUGUAUCUUGCGGCGGUGCUGGAGUACCUGACCGCCGAGAUCCUGGAGCUGGCGGGCAACGCCGCCCGCGACAACAAGAAGACCCGUAUUAUCCCGCGUCACCUGCAGCUGGCCAUCCGUAACGACGAGGAGCUCAACAAGCUGCUGGGCAAAGUGACCAUCGCUCAGGGUGGUGUCCUGCCCAACAUUCAGGCCGUGCUACUGCCCAAGAAGACCGAGAGUCAUCACAAGGCCAAGAGCAAAUAAUGUCUCCAUAGCGUCACUUUACAAUACAACGGCUCUUUUCAGAGCCACUUACUAUUUCUGCGGGAGAGCUGGGCCACUGGUUAAACAUUCGGAACGUUUAUUGUGAAAAGAAAAGCAUUUUUCAUCUAAAGCUUAGUAAUGACUUUAGGGAAAACCUUACAGGAUUCAGGUGACUUGUUUAAGUCAGAAUGUGAACAAGUCAUUUAAUACAGGGCUUACAAGAGUGUUCGCUGUGUUUAUUCAUCGCGUGUUAUAUGUACUAGAGCCAAUAAGAAAAAAAUCCAG